UCACUGCCUGAGCACGCGCUUCGACGCGACGGUCGUCACCUCACGACUCACGUUGCAGACCUGAACCUCAUUCUGUUCGACCUCCUGAAUAUCUUCUUCCUCAAGCCCGCCGGGCAGAUUUGAUUUCAUGCACGAAUUGCACGGGAUCGUGCCUCAACGUUGAACACGUAUACUUUUCACUUGGCAUGUGUAUGGCAUCCGAGGUCACGAAGCGCUCCUGGCAUCGAUGCCUUCCACUUGACCCGAGUCCACAGACAGCUCAGAAAUUAACGAGGGGCUUUCGCACACACGAUGUGUCAGCGCAACUUGUCGGCUCGCCGAUGGUUCUCCGAGUCCUCACUCUUCUUGGCGAUUGUCUUGGGGUAUCGUGCAAAGGCGGGGAACCGAUGUCGGAUGCUGCCGCUGGUCGCCAAUGCCACUGGAUCUCGGGCCGUACUCCGUGGACGGGAUGGCAGCAUUGAACGAGUGGCACAGCGCGAUGCCACAAACAGACAGGAUGUACGCGUCCAGCACUCCAAUGAUUUCCGAACCGGCGUCAGGCCUACACAGGACUCUUCUACAAAAUGGAUCAUUGCCCAUUCGAGUUCGCCAGUGGCCACCUCUGUGUACUGUGCUCACGGUGCGCGGAAGCGUCCUGGAACCAAAUGCGGUGAUGAUAUCGCAAUGCCCCAGAACCACAAGGACUGCUCGUCCCGCAAUGGACAAGGGCGACACCCUUGUAUUCGGUGCCUGUAUCAUGUCCGACCCUGUCGCUGACCACAAGGUGCGUGCUCGACCAAUGCGGUAAGCCUUGUACAUUAGCGGCGGUGUUUGUUUUUCCGUCGCGCACACAGUCGUCCCAACGAGGAAAUGGGGCGCGUGUUUGCAGCUACUUGGUUCCGUGGGUCCGUAUUUGCAGGUCGCCAAACAACUGCCAUAGCAGGCA